UUUUCAUGAAAUUUUCCUGCACCGAACUCUUGUUUUGUUUUUCCACACAGCUGUGUUUAUUGUGCUUUUCCAGCUGAAGAAAAUGCUGUCGCGGUGCUCAGUUUACGCCAAAAAUUCCAGCAUUUGUUGCUCUCACAUUUUCCGCGAGGUUAAUGGAAAAAUCCUUCCGGCGAGGAGUUAUCAUGUCCUGUCUGCAUCUGUGGGGCAGAAGGAGCACCGAAGGUCCCUGGGACGUCAUCCAGCUAUCCCGGUAGCUAGUGUUAUGGCACUUCGGCAUGCUAGUGGGGGGAAGGUGACAACAGUUGCUGAUGUCAUGCCGGAAAUUCCAUCAAUUGCUGCAAUUCCGGAUGCACCAGCAGUCCCUGCUGCCCCUGCGGUAGCGCCUGUGGAUGUCCUGGCUGAGGGAGCAGAGCCAACUUUUGAAUCAAUUGGCCUUGGGGGAUGGAGCCCCGUGGGGAUGGUACAGCAAUGCAUGGAAUACCUGCAUAUUGGGCUGGAUAUCCCAUGGUGGGGUGUUAUAGCCAUUGGCACAGUUGUGGUGCGGACACUGAUCUUUCCGCUGGUGCUGGUGGCACAACGCAAUGCGGCAAAGAUGAACAAUCACCUGCCGCAGCUUCAGGUGCUGCAGAUGAAGAUGUCAGAGGCGAGGCAGAGUGGGAAUCAAAUUGAAUCUGCUCGCUAUGCGCAGGAAAUGAUGCAAUUUAUGAAGGACAAAGAGAUGAAUCCGCUGAAGAAUAUGAUUGUGCCCCUGGCUCAGGCUCCGCUCUUCAUUUCCUUCUUCAUGGGACUUCGGGGAAUGGCCAAUGCUCCAGUGGCGUCAAUGCGCGAAGGGGGACUCUUCUGGUUCACAGAUCUCACUGUUUGUGAUCCCUUCUACCUCCUGCCCAUCCUCACGAGUGCCACAAUGUAUCUGACCAUCGAAAUGGGCACUGAUGCGGCAAAACUCUCCUCCCAGAAUAUGCAGACAAUGCGCUAUGUGCUCCGGGCUCUCCCACUCGUCAUCCUCCCCUUCACCGUCAACUUCCCGGCUGCCAUUCUCACGUACUGGGCGUGCAGUAACUUCAUCUCCCUCGUGCAGGUUGGCUUCCUCCGGAUUCCCCGGGUGCGGAAUUACUUCCGCAUUGAUCCCCUUGUGACGCACAAAGCGGAAGUUUUGCCCAUGAAGAAGAAGGGAUUCGUCAAGGGGCUCCAGGAUUCAUGGACAAACAUGAAGAUCACACGAGAACUAGAGGAGCGCAAGAGGAUCGAUGAGAUUAGCUUCCAACGUGCUGGACAGGGUCCAAUUGUGAAAACCUACAAAUACGACCCCACAAAGCCACGACCCCCCAAUGCAGUGGCGGCGAAAAAGCGAUAGUUGGAAUUUAAUAUCAAUAAAUUUAUAGUUGUAGUGUAAGAGAACAAGAAAA